UUUGAAACAAGAACCAUACACGCUUAACCACAGUCCACAAGAUCACUUCCAUUGGACUUUAAUUAAUCAAUUCUGCUCAACAAAAACUGUAAUUCUUAGCGCAAUUGAUAGGAAAAAUUGAUGGCUUUGCAUUUGAGCAACGCUUGCUUCUCUGCGAUGAGCAGGGGAAGUAAAGUUGGUGCAGUGAGAGGUGUGGCUUCUGAGCAAGGGAGUGUGGCGGUGAAGACAGCUGAGGUGGAAAAAUUGAGUCUUGGAGGGUCCCAACAGCAGGUGACCCGGAUUGGAAUCGGAGCUUGGUCGUGGGGCGACACCAGCUAUUGGAAUAAUUUUGAGUGGGAUGAUAGGAAAAUGAAGGCCGCCAAGGCUGCUUUUGAUACGAGUGUCGAUGCUGGUAUAACCUUUUUCGACACUGCAGAGGUUUAUGGCUCUCGGAUGUCAUUUGGUGCUAUCAGCUCUGAAACACUUCUCGGAAGGUUCAUCAAAGAAAGGAAACAAAGGGAUCCAGAGGUGGAAAUUGCUGUUGCUACUAAAUUUGCAGCUCUACCGUGGAGGCUUGGACGCGAGAGCGUUGUUUCUGCUCUGAAGGAGUCUCUGUCUCGUCUCCAGCUUCCGUGUGUGGAGCUCUACCAGCUACAUUGGCCGGGGAUCUGGGGAAACGAAGGAUACAUCGAUGGCCUAGCAGAUGCCGUGGAGCAAGGCCUUGUGAAAGCCGUUGGAGUCUCAAACUAUAGCGAGAAGCGCCUUCGUGCUGCACACGAGCAACUCAAGAAGAGAGGUAUACCUCUUGCUUCAAACCAAGUGAACUACAGCCUCAUAUAUCGACUCCCAGAGGAAAACGGUGUGAAAUCUACCUGUGAUGAGCUCGGGAUCACAUUGAUCGCGUAUUCACCAAUCGCUCAAGGUGCUCUUACAGGGAAAUAUACACCGAGCAACACGCCAUCUGGCCCUAGAGGCCGGAUUUACACCCCCGAGUUCAUGUCAAAACUGCAACCUCUUAUAAACCGGAUCAAGGAGAUAGGCGAGAGCUAUGAAAAAACUCCGACUCAGGUAGUCUUGAACUGGUUGAUAGCUCAAGAGAACGUCGUUCCAAUCCCCGGAGCCAAGAACGGGGAGCAGGCUAAGGAGUUUGGUGGAGCAAUCGGGUGGCGGCUCACCAAUGAGGAAGUCGAGGAGCUACGGUCCAUGGCCUCGGAGGUCAAACCGGUCAUCGGUUUCCCGGUUGAAAAGUUGUGAGGUUUGCUUCAACUUCAGCUUAAUUAGACCAAACAUUUAUACAUAUGUAUCAAAUGUUCUACUGAACUCAAUUCUAGAUUAAGACAUUUAAUAGAUGAUGGAAAUGUAUAAUAGUAAUAAAAUUAUUAAUAGUUUGAUUUUA